AUGUGCGGCACGACCGACGCCUCGCCGCUCUUCUCGCGGCCUGUCGUGGGCAAGAUGGUCAAGCGCGCGUUUCCCACGAUUCAGACCCGUCGCCGUGGGCCGCGCACCAACGUCAAGCAGCACUGGAUCGGUCUCCAUCAGCUCACCAACGAUGAGCUACUACUCUCGGACGACUCCAGUGGCCCAAGCCACGAGGACCUCGCCCAGCCACCCGCGCAGGCGCACUCAUCUCCGUCGCUGUCGCUGUCGUCGUCGAGUUUGAACAGCACCACGCCUGAGCAGAGCGGGGUCCCUGUAACGAACUCCACCAGCACCUCCUGCGCCGACCGGGCCGCCGUUGCCGCCGCUCAAGCCCAGGCCCAGCCGGCGGUCCACAGCAGUUACAAUCACCACCAGGGCCAGCUACACAACAACCCGUCGUCGCAGCCGCCGCAGCCGUCGUUGGCGGGCCACAACCGAAUGGAUCCACCGCAGCCGUAUGCGCUCCCGUGUCACGGGCCGGACCUGGGCGACUACCACCAGAUGCGGUGGCAGCUGGAGCAGCAGCACCAUCGGGAGGAGGAGCGUAGAAGCUUCAACUACGACUGGCAGCAGCAGCACCAACCACAACAAUACAGCCCACCUCAUUCACAUCUGACGGUCGAGCCGCAGUACCUCGAGCAUCCAAUGCCGCCGGACUACGAACUGUCACCGCAGCCGGUCGCAAGCGAAAUCGUGCCCGACUACCUUCUCCCGCUUCGUCAGACCACUGCCUCGCCCAACCGCCACCAUCACCAUCAACAACAACCGCUACAACGACUGCCGCCACAACCACACCCUCAGCCACACCCUCAACCAAACCAUCGGCAGCAUUUGCACCAUCACAGCCCGGCCCACAAUCUCCACCACAGCCCCGACGCGUCCGUGAGCGAGCGACGCCCGCGACCUCCGAGGGAGGGACCGGGUCAGUCGCCGGCCGGCGAGAGACGGAGAACGGAUGAGCGCUGUACAGACCACAACGUCUGGGCCGGGCGGAUGAUUGCAGCGACGAGCAGCGAAGAGCCACAGAAGCGCCGCGGCCACCUCCCGGCGACCACCCCUCCCCCCGGCCGCCAGCGCAGCAGCUCCCACACACCACGCAAGUGUAAUUCCAUAAACUAG